CGUGGAGCAAAUAUACAAGCCUUACCACAAUAGAAUGGACUUCCAUCAUUACUUAGAUAGUUGCGGAGUCUGAAGAAAGUACUAAGACGGCAACACUUAGUAUAUGGUGAGUUUAUUCAAUUUUACACAUAGAACGUCUUUAAUGUCAUGAUGAUCGCAAUAGCAUCAUUAUUUUUAUUCAUAGAAGUUAGCAUCGAUUUUCGUAAUGCGAACUUCUAGAUAUGGCAAGAUAUGAGGUUUUCAAAAAAUAAUUAAUUAGUAAAGCCUUCUGGUUUCAUUUUUUUCGUCGCUGAUUUACUUGUUUCAAAAGCGCUCAGACACGAUUGCAGCGUUGACUUUCAAGAAAUAGGGACUCAAGAACUCAGUUAUGAAUGGUACAGUAGAACAGGAAAUGCCUUCACAAUCAAGGAAAGCUUUAAUAUUGGUGACAAGUUAUAAUGGCCCUUUUUAUGACGACGGCGACAAUACAGGAGUAUACUAUCCAGAGGUUUAUGGACUCUUUCGGGUUCUCCAGAGCAACGGGUUUGACGUUGAAUUUGCUUCUGACACUGGAGAGUACGGAUUCGAUUGCAAAUCAGUACAGGAAUCUUCCACUACGAGGGAAGCUUUGAAUGUUCUCGAUGAUCCGAAGAGCACGCUGGUAGCUAAAUUGAAAACAAUAUCUCGAUUGAGUCGUCUUGACCCUGAUGAUUACGAUGCAAUUAUCGUUUCCGGAGGAUACGGAUGCUAUUUCAACUAUUCCCAUUGCAAAGACGGUCAAGAGUUUAUGAGAGCUAUGUUUCGUAAAAACAAGGUUAUUGCUACUGUUGCUGAAGGCGUUCUAUUACUGACUUACACUACGAGAGACGAUGGUCAUACUUUGUGUUGGAAUCGAAGGAUAACCAGCUGUACUUGGAGAGAUUCGAUUCAAAAUGGGGUGCAGGAUAUAUAAAAGAGACUUCAUUUUCCUUCUAUUGAGGAUAUAUCCAACGAGAGUGGAGCUAUCUUUGAAAAUCCACCGGUAUUUUAUACAGAUGGUUUUGCUAUCGAGGAUGGAAACAUUAUAACUGGAUCGAAUAAAAAUAGCGCUGAAUUAGUUGCUCAGAAGGUUGUGAAGAACUUGAAUUAUAACCAGAUAAACUAGAAAUCACGAGGAAUUAUGAAACAUUCUUAACCUAAGUUCUUGACUAAUACAAGCCUUCUAUCUAAUUGAUCCCACAUCACAGAAUUACUUCUUCGUCACUUGUUUUUAUAAAAUCUCUACGUUCUUAAAUUUCACAAUUUAGCUUUCUGGAUUUAAUUCUUACUUUCCUUUCGAUGGCUGCAAGAAAAGGCUUGUAACAUACGGCAUUGUUCAAUGACAUUGGAGUAUAAAAGUAUUAUCAUCGUCGGUUCGAUAAGGAAGAUUAAAUUCUCACCAAAACUCACGAAUUAAAAAUUUGCAAAGGUAAGAUUUCUCAAAGAUUGCCGCAUUCCACUUCAUUCCUAUUACCCUGAGGUUUGUCUCGAAUUUUCAUUUUGGCUAUAUUCUAUCCUUUGCUUGCAAAAUGCAGAAAAUAGUAAGCAAGCAAACAAUUACCAGUACUCAUUUAAAUAUUCAGAAUUGAAAAUGAUAAUUCUUAGAGUAUCCAGACAUUAUUUUUUGUAAUGGCGAAUACCCCCUUACUGCUUAAUAGUUUUUUGACAGAGAAAGAUUUAUUCUUUUUAAUAUCGUUUGGGUCGCCGCAAAUGUUUGGAACAUAUUUAUUAACUAAUGGAUGAUUUCCUAAAAAAGAUAAUGGAAAUAUGAAAGUGAUCCAAAAAAAGAAAGGAAAAAAAAUCAAUUUACAUCUCAGAUGGACUCAUAAUAUCUGCCGCGUUUUCUUUGACAGCUGCUUUGAUAUCCUCUUCAUCGUCGGGUUCCUCAGUGGUUAAAGGUUGGACUUGUAUGCCGUAAAAGACAAUACUUCCCAUGCCAAUACAGGCUGCUAAAACACACAUGGCUACUGAAGCGAUUGCCUUGGAUGUCCAACCAGAAGGCAUUUCACCGGGAGGAGCAGGAGCGCCAGUCAAAUUCGAUAUAUUGUAAGUGUUUCCAGCACCGUUACCUGAAACUUCAAUAUUUUGCAUUAUACACUGGCGACGGACAAAUUCAGGAGCAGUUAUAUAAGGAACUCUAUCAGGAGCCUCCAAAAAGGUUGCAACCAAACCACUUUCCAUAUGCCAUUCAAUAUGGCAAUGCAAAAGCCAAGCACCGGGAUUGUCAGCGAGAAAACGAAGGCGAACAAAACUUCCAGGAUGAAUUUCAAUGGUGUCACGGCGGAUGGGAUGAUCAUACACCUUAUGCUCAGUUUGGUCGUUGUAUUCACCAGCGUUUUCAUCACCUCGUUCUAAUACCUGGAAAACGUGUCCAUGUAAAUGGAAAGGAUGUUUUCCUGUAUCGUGGUUAUCGAUAACCACGUCAACUGUUUGGUUGUAAUCAAAGAUAAAGGCAUUGGUAUAGGGGCCGUAGGUUAUGGGUUUCAUGUUAUAAUCAUCAUAGUUGGUAGAGUUGGCAAUCAUAAGUCCAGGAACUUUUGGAUAUUUGAAUGAUUUUCCAUUAAUUUCAGCAUAGUUUGCACCAUUUUCAAGGGUAAAGAAAUCGAACCAAAGAGAGACGUUAUGGUCGGCUUCUCCCCAAUUGACAUCGUACAAAGGUUGUAAUUCGGCAUCAUCAUAGCUGUUAAUCUCAUCAACAGGAAGUGCAUAGUUGUUGGGAGAGUUGGAAUUGUAUGAAAGCCAGGCAGUAAUGUUUGGAUUAUAAUUAGGGGGGACCUGGUCAAAAAGUGAUUCAUCCAUAUAAGCGGUCAUGGCAUAGUUACGGUCGGUGGAAUUUUUGGCUGUCACAAGAACACUGUAGCGCUGGGCAGUGGUUAUGUGGAUUGAGGAUACUUCUUGAGGUUUUGUGUAUAUACCAUCAACCUCGAUGAUGGUCAUAUUGUGAUCUUCGAGCAUAAUGUCAUAAUUGUUGAAGGCGCCCAAAUUAACAAAACGGAGUCGAUAUGUUUUUCCCGGUUCCAUUUUGAAGGUAGAGUUAAUGCUAUCAUUGAUGAGACCAGUGUCGGGAACUGGUUCAGCACCGGUCGGGUUGUGCCAACUUACGAAUUGCUCAGGAACGAGUUUAUAAAACGGUUCAUAAUACCAAUCAGUUAAACUGAUGAUAUAAUCCUCAUCAUAGUCGUAAGGCUCGUUUGGGUUAUUGAUAACGAAGGAAGUACGAAGGCCAUCUGGGUAUUGACUCAUAUCGUGAGAGUGAACCCAGUAAGUGCCGGUCUGAUCGGCGGUGAAGUUGUAAUAAUAGGUAGAACCAGGAGGGAUAGAGCAUUGAGUCAUUUGUGGAACACCAUCCAUAUAACCAUUAUGGCGCUGAAAAAUACCAUGGGAGUGCAAGCUGCAAGUUCGAUUGUCGCGAAGAUGGUUGCUCAUUUUGAUGAUUACUUGGUCGCCAUAAUCGACGACGAGAGGUUCAAUGGGCCAUUGGUUAUUCACACCCAUCACCCAGCGAGGAUGGCCGGAUUUAUCAACGUCCAAGUUGUCUAUAUCUGUGACAUUCCAUUCAAACAGGCGGGUUUUAGCAAGAGCAGAUCCCACAAGCGUACACAACACAAGCCCAAAGGAAGGUAGAAACAUUUGAAAAUCAAUGGAUAAUAAUAUUUAUGAUAAUACAAGAAAAGCACAAACUUAG